GCCACUCCUGCUCUUUUUUGAUUGUUGUUUGCUUGAUAUAUUUUUUUCCAUCCUUUGAGUUUUAGUUCGUUUGUGUCUCUAAGUCUAAGGUAUAUCUCUUGUAGGCAGCAUAUAGACGGAUCGUGUUUCUUUAUCCAGUCUGAGACUCUCUGUCUCUUUAUUCGUUCAUUUAGUCCAUUUACAUUCAGCGUAAUUAUAGAUAAGUAUGAGUUUAGUGCUGUCAUUUUGAUGCCUUUUUGUGUGUGUUGUUGACAAUUUCAUUUUUCCACUUUUUUGCGCUGAGACGUUUUUCUUUGUAAGUUGUGUAUUCACCAUUUUCAUAGUAGUCGAAUUUGUUUGCUGAGUUGUUAUGUUUUUCUUGGUUUUUAUUUUGAUUUAUGGAAUUGUUAGACCUCUUUGUGGUUACCUUAAUAUUUACCCCUAUUUUUCUAAAUAAAAACCUAACUUGUAUCGUCCUAUAUCGCCUUGUUUUCCUCUCCAUAUGGAAGAUCUGUGCCUCCUGUAUUUAGUCCCUCUUUUUGAUUAUUGUGAUCUUUUACAUAAUGACUUCAAUGAUUCCCUGUUUUGAGCAUUUUUUUCUUUUUAAAAUAAAUCUUAAUUUGUUGUUGUGAUUUCCCUGUUUGAGUUGAUAUCAGGAUGUUCUGUUUUGUGACCUUGUCUUGUGCUGGUAUCUGAUAUUAUUGAUUUUCUGACCAAACAAUUUCCUUUAGUAAUUCUUGUGGCUUUGGUUUGGUUUUUGUAAAUUCUCUAAAGCUUGCGUUUAUUUGUAAAUGUUUUAAUUUCACCUUCAUAUUUGAGAGAGAGUUUUGCUGGAUAUAUGAUCCUUGGCUGGCAGUUUUUCUCCUUCAGUGCUCUAUAUAUGUCAUCCCAUUGCCUUCUUGACUGCAUGGUUUUUGCUGAGUAGUCUGAACUUAUUCUUAUUGAUUUUUCUUUGCAGGAGACUUUUCUUUUAUCCCUGGCUGCUUUUAAAAGUUUCUCUUUAUCUUUGGUUUUGGCAAGUUUGAUGAUAAUAUGUCUUGGUUAUUUUCUUUUUGGAUCAGUCUUAUGUAGGGUUCGAUGAGCAUCUUGGAUAGAUAUUCUUUCGUCUUUCAUGAUGCCAGGGUAGUUUUCUGCCAACAGAUCUUCAACUAUUCUCUUUGUGUUUUCUGUUUUCCCUCCCUGUCCUGGAACUCCAAUCACACGCAAGUUAUUCUUCUUGAUAGAGUCCCACAUGAUUCUGAGGGUUUCUUCAUUUUUUUAAAUCUUUUAUCUGAUUUUUCUUCAACUAUAUUGGUGUCAAUUGCCUUAUCCUCCAACUCCCCCACUCUGCAUUCCAAUUGCUUGAUUCUGCUCCUCUGACUUCCUAUUGAGUUGUCUAAUUCUGUAAUUUUACUGUUAAUCUUUUGGAUUUCUGAAUGCUGUCUCUCUAUAGAUUCUUGCAGCUUAUUAGUUUUUCUACCGUGUUCUUGAAUAAUCUUUUUGAUUUCUUCAACUGCUUUAUCAGUGUGUUCCUUGGCUUUUUCUGUAGAUUUCCUUAUUUCAUUUCUGAGGUCAUCCCUGAUGUCUUGAAGCAUUCUUUAUAUUAGUUUUGUAUAUUCUACAUCUGGCAAUUCCAGGAUUAUAUCUUCAUUUGGGAAAGAUUUUGAUUCUUUAAUUUGGGGAGUUGUAGAAGCAGUCAUGGUCUUUUUCUUAAUGUGGUUUGAUAUCAACUGCUGUCUCUGAGCUAUCUGUAAGAUAUUGUAAUGAUUUAUAUUUGCUCACUGAGUCUUAUCUUGUUUUGUUUUCUUUCAUUAUACGCAGAUGGGCUACUAGAUUGCACUGUCUUGAUUGUUGUAGCCUUUGAAUUGCUUAUGUUCUAUUACUGGCUGGUUUGGGCUGUUACCAGAUAUGUAAGCCUAAGAGUCCAUUCACUAUUCUUGAAUAGAAUCAGCUUAGGUGUUUUGAUUUUGGGUCACCAAGUGUGUGGUGUAAACUGUCACCUAUUAACUUAGAGGAGUAGUGGUGAUAGUUGUGUGCACCAGAUUCUAGUAGCAACAGGGGGUCACACUCCAGGGGGGCUGGAUGCUGACAGCCUUCCCCCAUGUGCCAGUGCGGUAGGUGUGUCUCUAUUCCUAAAGCACUUUGGUGGGUGGGCUCUGCAGCUGUACCUUAGGCACCCAAUGCAUGUACCUCUAAAGAUUGGUAGGUGUCAGUAUCCUCAGACCCCUUUGGCAGGUGGCUAGGUGGUUUGGGUGGAGCUUCAGCCCUCAGUUCCCCGUUGUGGAUCAGUGAGGGCUCUGUUUAAUAGGUAGAGAUAUCAGACCUGGAAAACUUGUCUUUCCAGUGAUCCAGUAAAACAAUUACAGUCAGAUCUCUAUCAGAAUUGCCUUUGCAUUAUAAUAGCCACCUUGUUCCCUGUAGGGAUGAAAGCCAAAGACUGUGGAUCUCAUAUACUUGGCUGGAACUGGUUCUGUAUUUUUAUUCCAGUUUAGGGAAGUUACGGAAGGAUUUUUCAUCCCUGGGUUUUUAAUAGCUGCUUCUCUCAGGCCAGGAGAAUGGGUUAGGAAAAGACAAAAAAAAAAAAAAAAAAACCAAACAAACAAACCACAGAGCACUUCACUCCCUGGCCCAGGAAAUUCCAAUGUUAAUGAAGCCACCUGGGGCAGAGAGGGUAGGGAUCAGAUAAAUAGGAGAGAGUAGCACCCAGCAAUAUAGACAAAGUUACUUAUCUUGCUUGGCGAUGACUGUUUUAUCUGAGAUUCCCUGAGGGGCGGGGGGCGUGUAGCCUAUGUGUGCUGGCAGGGUCGAGAUUGCCCCCGAGGGUCAGACUGGCUUCCUGUGCUUGUGCUGUCUCAGAAGCUGUGGUCAGCUCCUCCGCUCCCAGUCCAAAGCCCAGCGCCUCCCGGUGACUUCUCCUCUUGUCAGCCACGUUGUUGCGCUGCUGGCAUGCGCUGGCUGGGCUUCCCCCGAGGUCACUUCAGGGGGCUAGGGCUGCGUCCCGUGUUUGCACCACCUCAGGAAGCCAUGCUUAGCUCCCCUGUGCCCGGUCCAAAGCCUGGCACCAAGGGUUUCUGACUGGGAUGCUGGCUCUAGGCUCUGAAAACAGUCGCUGCUUCCCUGUGGUUGCUCGUUCUCUUGUUAGCUGCGUCAGUGUGCAGCCUGCUUGUGCUGGCUGAGUCUCUACUGAGGUUACCCCAAGGAGCUAGGGGUUAGGGCUGUGUCCUGUGCCUGCCCCGCCUCAGCAAGCUGUAGUCAGCCCCACCACUCGGCACCAGGGAACUGCGAGGGCUCAAGGCUGUGGAGUGGGACGCAGGUUCCAGAGGUGGUCGCUGCUUCAGGGCGCAGCUUUUCACUCCCCUGUCACUCAGGUCAACUCUUUAGAUCUGUGUUUGAUGGUCAGGGUUCGUAUAUUGUCAUGUAUGUGAUCGAUUCACUUGUUUUUCUGAGUCUUUGUUGCAGCAGGGAUCCGAGGUAGCUUCUACCUAGUAAGCCACCUUGGCCCCGCCCUCCUGCUUAACCUUUUUGCAAAACCUUUAAAAGUGUUUUGCAGUAUUUUCGGGUUUCUGCCUGCCGAGGAUUGACAAGCCUUUGUCACCGUGUGUUCCAACCUACGGAUGUCCUUCCAGGGGUUUUUAAGACAUUUACAUGAUUGUAUUGCAACACUUACGAGUAAUUUACAGAAGAACAAAUGCCCACGCCAAAUAAACACAACGAAAGAGCUUUGACAUCACUGGUAAUCAGCAGCAUAAAUGUUAAGAGACUAUCAAGUCGGCAAAUGUUUUAAAUGAUAAUACUCACUGGGGAUGAAGUCGUGGCGAGGCUAGUGCUUUCAGACACAGCUGGAAAAUGGAAACAUUUGAGAAACUGAUUUCAUAGCAUGUGUGAGUCUUAAAAUAGGUUAUAUCUUUUGACCUAUAAGUCUGCUUCUGGAAUUUAGCCUAAGGAACCAAUCAGAGAAGAGCACAAAGGUACAGUGUAUUGCAGCAUUACAUAGGAUAUAAUGGAAACGACGUUACAUGUGAUUAUAUGUCAUCACAUAGGAUAUAAUGGAAACAACAGGUACGUGUCCAGCGGUAGAGCUGGCUAAGUACAGUAUAGAUCAUCAACCGUUACAAACACGCAUCCCUCUGAUUCCAGUCCAGCACUUUGGGAUUCUUUCUAGCCUGCGCCCUUUUCGUGUUCCUACAUCCCUUUUCCAGUAGUGACAAACCUGGUUCCUCCUGUCUUCUGACUUCGGGAUUGUGCAGAUACUUUCCUUCUGCUCUUCCAGUUCCACCCCCUUCUCCAGUCACUCUCUCGAGGUAGACUCAGCCUGUGUACAGUGAUCGGCAGGCUCCCUGGCCCUCUGCUCCUGGUGGAUGGAGGAGAGUGAGGACAAAGCCAUUUCUCCUGGGCUCCUCCCUGCCAGGCAGCAGAGGGUCAGCUGGAUCCUUCUACGAGGUGGGCCCCUCCGUUCAGCAGUGCUUGUGCCUUCAGCCCCUCCAGCCUAGGACUGGUACUUUAUCAUUCCUUGGUGGCGUCCCUAAGCGCAGCCCUCGCUUUUGUAGAUAAUCCCAUUCUUCAACUCCUUCCGAAUUCCCACUUUGUGACUGAUAUUAAAUAUCAGGCUUUAAAAACAAGCAAAAAAACCCUUUCCCUAGGGCAUGUCAUAAAUAUCUGUGUGUUCUUUUUCCGGUGUCAUUUUCAGCCAUCAUGUGCUGGCAUAUUUUCAUCUUAGCCAUCUCCAGAUGCUGUCAGACUGGGGCAAAGGAUUAAGGCUAGUAGAGGCAUUUAUUAAUUGAAAAUGUAAAAUGGUAUUUUAUAUCUUGGGUCAAAAUUCCUGCAUCAAGAUCCCCUCGUGUAUGAUUUUCAGUAUGUACAGAUAUAAGUGUUUUCUUCUACUUUGUUGGUUGAAGGCUUGUUACAUGACCUGUGCCAGCUCCUCUGUUUGUCCUGUGGCCUUUUUCCCCCUACCCCCAUCACUGGCCCGGGCAUUGCUCUUUCUGAGGCCUGUUUGCUUGUUCUAUAAGAUGCCAGUAUUUUUCUAGUUAUUUCUAAGUGUACUUGGAAGUUUUCUACACAAUUUGCAUUUAGAUAGAUACAUCGUAAUCUUUCUGUAACACUCUAUUUGGGAUUGAUACUAUCGAUAGGCCUUCUGAGUAGGGUGACUGUGUGUCUCAGACACAGCCCUAGUGUCUGCCUCUUGUCUGAUGGAAUUACUAAUAGCACCCACUUUCAGUCUCAAAGACAUCCCAAUAUGGGUGAUAAGUUAUGUAGUCACUUUCCUUACGUGUGAGUCAGACAUGUUUGGUGCUUCAGUAGUUAAAUUUCUGUGCUAAGGAAUUUAAGACCUGCCUUUUCAUUCAUUGUUUCAUUUCAGUCUUGUGAUUUAUUGCAGUAGCAUUGGGGCAAUGAAAGUCAAGAAGGUGACAAAGUCGAGUUGGAGCAGGUAUGCCCCCCACAUUUCCAGCUUUAAGGGACGUGGCCUGGCUCACACAGCCCAAGGGGUGCUCUUCUGACAGUGGCUUGUGGGGCUGGAACAGAGACCUAGCCCAAAGGCAGCCGUUUUAUAGGCUGACCAGGAGUCCAUGAGGUGGCCUGCCACAAAGAGCUGUGCCCAGCAGGGAUGCUGGCUCCCUCUUUUAAGAGGAUGGACUGGGAAGGGUAGCGAGAGGGAGCAGUGCAUCAUGGGAGCAGCAGUGAAGUCCCCGAGGUCAGGAGAGACAGAGGACAAAUGGCCAUGGGCACGCUGAACGGGGCAGCUGUGGGCAGGGAUGGGCUCUGGGGAGUAGAGCGUGUGCCCAGUGGGCCCUGCAGCUCUGGAAAUACAGCUCCUUCCUUCUGCUUGCCCAGCCCAGAGAGCUGGGGGAAAUCUGAAUUUCCUUUCACACCCCACAAACAAGUCCUUGACUCUUGCUUAAAAAGAAAUAUAGCCAGACUUUGACCAUGUUUACAGUUUAAUAAACACCAUUAUCUCUUGCUGGGUGACUGCGAAGACCCCCACCUCCACCUGCUGGUCUCUUUGCCUCUGCCUGGCCCUUCUAGGGUCUGUCUUCAACCAAUUGCCAGAGUGGUGUGUUCCAAAGGAGGUCAGACGACACCACUCUGCUCAGACCUUGGCAAUGGUGUCCCAUCUUACCCAGAAUAGAAGCUAGAUUCCUUGUUACAGCCUUUAAGGCCCUGUAUAGUCCUCACCUCUCUGACCCUAUCCCAUCAGUUGAGUAUAAACGUCAGGAGGGCAGCUAUUUUUGUCUGUUUAGUUCUCUCAUGUAUCUCUAGUGCCUAGCACUGGGUCAUGCUCAGUGAAUGUGUGUUAAAUGAAAUAGAUGAAGGAUAAGAUUGUAGAUUUGACUGUAACAAAAUAAGAAAUCCUGUAAAACGAUAGAAACCACAGCUAAAGUUAAAAACAAGUGACAGAUUGUGAGAAAAUGUUUGCAACAUAAUGCAAAGGAUUAAUAAUCUACAAAAUCAGUAAGAAAAAAGAUAACCCAGUAGAAAAAUGGGCAUAGGAUGUGCAUAAGCAGCUUACCAAAGAGGAAAAGCCUCAAACUUAUGAAAAGAUAAUCAUUGUCACUGGUCAUUGCAAACUGUGUACAGCAAUGAGAAACCAUUUUUGCCUGUCAGACUGGCAGAAAUGAAGCUCGAUGCUCUCAGGGGUGGAGAGGCUGCAGGAAAGUGGCAGGCACUUUGGCAGUAUCUAUUAAAGCUGGAAGUGUUCAUACCUAAUGACCCAGCAGCCUGCUUGAGGUAUCUUCUCCAGAGAAACACUCCACCAUUUGCCAGUAGAAAUCACCUGCCCUCUUAAAAGUGCAGAUCAUCAUCAAAGAAUCAGACCUGAACCAAAGGUAGGAAAUGCUGAUUUGGGAAUCAUUAGUUGCUUUGGUUUUGGAAUGGAACAGGUUGAAAUGACACUGGGAUUCCUUAUGAAUGGAGGUUGGAAAGGACAAAACAUAACUGUUAUUUUAACAUACUAAACUAAGAAGCAAAAAGCUGAGCUAGAGAAAUAAGGCGUAAAAAGGAGAUAAAGGGCAUUCAGUAAGGACGGAGUAAAACUAUCCCUAUUCACAGAUGAUAUGACCCUAUACAGAGAAAAUCCCAAAGAUUCCACAAGAAAGCUACUGGAAUUAAUAGAAGGUUUCUUAGGCUGGAUUCUCUAGAGAAGCAAAACCAACAAAGAGUAUAAAUAUAUACAGAGAGAGAUCUGUAUCAAUGAAAUGGCUCACGUGGUUGUAGAGAUUGGAACGUCCCAAGUCCGUGGGUUAGGGUAGAGGCUUCUCCUGAUUACAUAGCUGCAGGGGCUGGUGGAUCCAAGAUUGGUAGGUCAGAGAGCAGGGCUCUUGCUCACAGCCUGCGAAGAUUGACAAAUCCCAAGAUUGGCAGGCAAGACCGCAGGUAAGCUGCUAACUCAAGUUCCAAGAACCAGACGUCAGACGAACAGGAGCCAGCUGUAGGAUCCAGAGCAAGCAAAAGCUCUUGAGCCUUUCCAGAAUGUACAGUUAUAGUCACUGCAGGCCAUACACCCAAGGAAAUUCCCUUUCAAUUGAUUGGCUACUCACAGUAGAUCCCAUCAUGGAGGUGAUCACAUUAUAUCAAAUGUCAUCAUGGAAGUGAUCACAACCACUGAGAAUCAUGGCCAAGCCAAGUUGACACACAGCCUUAACCAUCACAAAACGAUUCAGCAAAGUAGCAGAAUACAAGAAUCAACAUAAAAAAAAAAUCAGUUGGAUUCUUCUACACCAACAAAGAGAACUUCAAAAAGGAAAUCAGGAAAACAAUACCAUUUACAAUAUCCUCCCAAAAGAUAAAAUACUUAGGAAUAAAUCUAACCAGGGACAUAAAAGACCUAUACAAAGAAAACUACAAAUCACUACUGCAGGAAACCAAAAAGACCUACAUAAAUGGAAAAACAUACCAUGCUCAUGGAUAGAAAGACUUAACAUUGUGAAAAUGUCAGUACCACCCAAAGAAAUCUACAAAUUUAGUGCAAUUCUGAUCCACAUCCAGUAGCAUUCUUCAAAAGAUAGAGAAACUAAUCAUCAACUAUAUGGAAAGGAAAGAGGCUCCGGAUAAGUAAAACAUUAUUGAAGAAGAACAAAGUAGGAGGCCUCACACUACCUGAUCUCAUAACCUGCUAUGCAGCCACGGUAGUCAAAACAACCUGGUACUGGUACAACGACAGACACACAGACCAAUGGCACAGAAUUGAGAACCCAGACAUAAAUUCAUUCACCUAUGGACAGCUGAUCUUCGAGAAAAGGGCCAAAGUCAUUUAAGUGGAAAAAAGGCAGUCUCUUUAACAAAUGGUGCUGGCAAAACUAGAUGUCUGUUUGUAUACAAAUGAAACAGGACCCAUACUAAAACCAUACACAAAAACUGACUCAAAAUGGAUCAAAGACCUAAAUAUAAAACCUAAAACUAUAAAAAUCAUGGAAUUAAAAAUAGGGACAAUGCUAGGGGCCCUAAUAUAUGGCAUAAGUAGAAUAGCAAACAUAACUAAAGAUGCACAAACAGCAGAAGAUGAACUAGAUAAAUGGGACUUCUUAAAAAUUGAACCCUUAUGCUCAUCAAAAGACUUCUCCAAGAGAGUAAAAAGAGAACCUACAGACCGGGAAAAAUUUUUUGGCUGUGACAUAUCUGACAAGGGUCUAAUCUCUAAAAUUUAUAGAAAACUUCAACACCUCAACAACAAAAAGACAAUCCAUUUAAAAAAUGGGCAAAGGGUAUGGGCAGACACUUCACCAAAGAAGACAUUCAGGCGGCUAGUAAAUAUAUGAAGAAAUGCUCGUGAUCACUAAGAGAGAUGCAAAUCAAAACUACAAUACCAUACCAUCUCACCCCGACAAUAAUGGUACUAAUAUAUUUUUUUUAAAAGUUGGUGAGGUUGUGGGGAGAUGAGAGCUCUUACACAGGGCUGGUAGGAGUGUAAAAUGGUAUAACUACUAUGGAAAGCAGUAUGGCACUUCCUUAAAAAGCUGGAAAUAGAAAUACCGUAUGAUCCAGCAAUCGUACUCUUUGGUAAAUACCCUAAAGAAAUAAAAGCCAUGACAUGAAUAGACAUAUAUCCACACCCAUGUUCAUUGUACGUUAUUCACAAUAACAAAAAGAUGGAAACAACCUAAGUGUAACCUAAGUGCCCAUCAGUAAAUGAAUGGAUAAACUGUGGUACAUUCACAUAAUGGAAUACUGCCCAACGAUAAAGAAUAACGAUGAAUCCAUGAAACAUCUCACAACAUGGGUGAAUUUAGAGGACAUUAUGCUGAGUGAAAUAAGUCAAUCACAGGACACAGAUUGUAUGAGACCAGUAUUAUAAAAAAAACAAGAAAAAGUUUACACAGAAAAAAAAAAAUCUCUGCUAGUUACCAGGGGCGGGAGUGAAAAUUACUAACUAGAUAGAAGACACAUGUUAAUACUGGUGAAGGGAAAGGCAAUAUACAAUAUGGCGGAAGUCAGCACAACAUGACCAAGGCAGACGCUGAGAGGAGUGCAAGAAUAAAGGGCAACUACAGAUAGUAAUUACUAUAACACAGACAAUCCUGCAAAGAUAGUAUUGUUGUUAGGUACUGUCGAGUCAGUUCUGACUCAUAGCAACCCUAUGUAUGACAGAAUGAAACCCUGCCUGGCCUGCGUCAUCCUCACAGUUGUUGUUAUGCUUGAGGCCACUGUUACAGCCACUGUGUCAACCCAUUUCGUUGAGGACAUUCCUUUUUUUUGCUGACCGUCUACUUUACCAAGCACGAGGUCCUUUUGCAGGGUCCAGUCCCUCCUGAUAACAUGUCCAGAGUAUGUGAGAGGUCUCGCCAUCUGUGCUUCUAAGGAGCAUUCUGGCUGUACUUCCAAGACAGAGUUUGUUCUUUUGGCAGUCCAUGGUGUCUUCAAUAGUAUUAACAAACAAUGAUUUACAAAUGGAUACGUAGGUAGAUAGGUAUGCUAAAGAGGUGUGGGAGGGCAUAAGGGAGCACACCCAUCUGCAUAUGCAGGUUUGGUUGUGGAUAUUUCUACAUACAUAAUUGUAGGUGUUGUUUGUGUAUUAAUAUAGACAAUAGAGUACACAAGGGGCACAGUGAUGGAAACCUCUUAGACAUAACCAGACACCUCAUGGGAGGGACCAAGUUCCAAGGCUCGAAGGCGAAGGACCAUAGACUUAGGGGACAUCUAGGUCAGUUGACACAACGUAGUUCAUAAAGACAAUGUUCUGCAUCCUAGUUUUGUGAGUAGCAUCUGGGGUCUUAAAAGCUUGCAAGCGGCCAUCUAAGAUAAAACUAUUGGUCUCUUCCCAUCCGGAGCAAAAGAGAGUAGAGAAAUCCAAAGACUCAAGGGAGCAAUUAGUUAAAAGAAUUAAAGGACCAUGUGAACCACAGCCUGCAUAACACCAAGACUGGAAGAUCUAGAUGGUGCCUGGCUGCCAGUACCGACCGCUCUUCUGGGAUUCAACAGAGGGUCCUGGACAGAACGGGAGAAAAAUGUAGAACAAAAAAUCAGAUUCACACACACACACACAAAAAAAAAAACUUACUGGCCUGACAGAGACCAGAGGAACCCCUGAGCAUAGGGCCCUAAGACACCUUUCUGACCUGGAACUGAAGCCAUUCCCGGAGACCACCUUUCAGCCAAUCAGCAGGCCCAAAAAAUAAACAGUAACACCCAAGAGGAACGUAUUCCUUAGAACAAUCGAUUAUACGAGACCAAAAGGACAGCACUUGUCCAAAAGUAAAGAUGAGAAGGCAGGAAGGGGUAGAAAAUCCUGACGAAAGGAAACAGAGAACCCAGGGUAGAAAUGGGGACGGUGCUGAGACAUUGUGGGGACUGCAGCCAAUGCCAUGGAACACUGUAUGUACAAACUAUAGGAUGGGAAACUAAUUUCCUCUGUAAACUUUCACUUAAAGCACAAUUAAAAAAAAAUUUUUUUAAAGGUCAGGUUUAUGUUAGUUGACUCUAUAAAACAAAACAAAAAAAUUGGGAGGGUAAUACAUACGUACAGAUUUAUUUGACUAUUUUAGGCCAGAAGGAAAAGGAUGGGACCAGGUUGCUUCCCUUGAGACGCAUCAGGACCUGCGGUGGCCUUCAGAGCAUGACUGGAGACGUAGUUCUCCGCCAUCUCGGUGUGAACGUGCGUGUUUCUAACUCUGUGAUGACCAGGUGGCUCAGGCUUCCUGCACACACAUUGCAGGAGUCUGCAUUGCCAACCAAGACAUCAUGGGUGGGGGGCGUUGGUGAUCCAGCAAGAGAGCCUAGUGCAGAGGGUGGGCCCUGCAGCCAGACGCUGUGGUUGGAUCCCAGAUCUUGGACAUUGGGCGAGCUGUGUAACCUCCCUGGUCUCAGUAUCCUCACCCGUGGAUUGGGGUGAAGGUAACACUCACCUCCAAGGGUGUUUUCAGGAGUAGAUGAGUUAGGCCAUGCCAAGCUGGGCACAGAGUCAGCACUCAGUAAAUAUUACCUGCAGUGGUGGUGUGCUAGGUUCAGGUGUUCGCCUUUCACCUGUCACUUGUAAGUAUAACUAAGGGAGUUGAGGGACCCCUUAGCCUGUCCUUGGGAAGCUAUAUCUGGACCCAGCCAUUCUACUUCUAAGAGUUUUUGAUAAGAAAAUAAUUAAAGAGAUAUGCCAAAAUGUGAGCACGUGGGUAUUUAUCGCUGCGUUGACAGUGGCGGAAAAAUUGGAACCCACUUAAAGUCCUCCAACGGGGGAUUGGUUAAAUAGCUCCUUCAUGUGGUGAAAUGCUGAAAAUGUGAUAGAGGUCCAUUUACAAUUGUGGAAAAUGUUGUGAGUAAAAAUAGCUGGUUAUAAAACAGCAUGCAAAAUAUCCAAUUUCUGCUCAAAAUAAAUAUGCAUAUGUAUACAGAGAGAGAGCAGAUAAUCCAUAGAACAAAAGUCUGGAGGGAUAUACGGCAGACACCAGUGGUUAUCACUGGGUGGUAGAAUUAAGGUGUUUUUUUCCUUAUUAUUGCUUUCUAAUUCUCCACAAAGAGCAUGUAUCAUGAGUAUAAUAAGAAUAUAGAGAAAACAGCAUUUUGGGACAACACUUAAGGAGAUAGAAUGGAGAUAACAUUGAAUUUAUAUGGGGGUUUUGGCCUUGAAUAUUUUUCUGCCUUCUGCUUUUAGCCUGUGACCUCAUAACUUACCGGAGUGAUUAAGAUCUCUUAGUCACUGUCCUGGGAAAUAUGCUAUUAUCUCAUCGUGAGGGGUUUAGUGAUUCUGUUCUAAGAAAGUACUUGGAAAGUGAAGAGAAAAGCAGCAGCAAGCUCCGUCAACACCCAGUGGCCUUAGUCGGAGAAAAGACUAGAACACAGCUGUUCACACAGUCUGACUCCAGUCCAGGACUGUCUUCAGGAAGGAGAAGGUUAACAUACUAGGAAGGUACUUGGGCUUGACUUCAGGAACUAGGUGGUGGCAGUGAACUGGGAGUGACGCUCCAGCGAGACUGAGCACUGAUUGGCCUAGGAGGGCAGGGAUUUUUUUUUUCCCCCUUCCGUUCAGGAAGCAGCUCUGAGCUGUCCCAGUAGCUAGACAGCCCCACAGGUAUCCUCGUCCCACCCUUCUUAUCUCACAGGGAAAGCGUGCUCUGAGUUCCAGCUCUCCUUCUGCGGACAAAGCCAGUAAACCUUUAGUGUCCUGCUGUGACAGAAAGAUGGUCCUUAAAGCCGAAGAGGAGGAGGUUCCCAGUGACCUGACUCCAGAGGAGCGUCAAGAGCUGCAGAACAUCCGUCGCCGGAAGCAGGAGCUGCUGGCCGACAUACAGAGGCUGAAGGAUGAGAUAGCAGAAGUAGCUAAUGAAAUUGAGAACCUGGGAUCCACAGAAGAGAGGAAAAACAUGCAGAGGAACAAACAUGUAGCCAUGGGCAGGAAAAAAUUUAAUAUGGACCCUAAAAAGGGGAUCCAGUUCUUAAUGGAGAACGAUCUGCUCAAGAACACUUGUGAAGACAUUGCCCAGUUCCUGUAUAAAGGUGAAGGGCUCAACAAGACAGCCAUCGGGGACUACUUGGGGGAGAGAGAUGAGUUUAAUAUCCAGGUUCUUCACGCAUUUGUGGAGUUACACGAGUUCACUGACCUUAACCUUGUCCAGGCGUUACGGCAGUUCCUGUGGAGCUUCCGGUUGCCGGGAGAGGCACAGAAGAUCGACCGGAUGAUGGAGGCCUUUGCUCAGCGGUACUGCCGCUGCAAUAACGGGGUGUUCCAGUCCACAGACACUUGUUACGUCCUCUCCUUUGCCAUCAUCAUGUUGAACACCAGCCUGCAUAACCCCAACGUCAAAGACAAGCCCACCGUGGAGAGGUUCAUCGCCAUGAACCGAGGCAUCAACGAUGGGGGGGACCUGCCUGAGGAGCUCCUGCGGAAUCUGUAUGAGAGCAUAAAAAACGAACCCUUUAAGAUCCCAGAAGAUGAUGGGAAUGACCUCACUCAUACUUUCUUCAAUCCAGACCGAGAAGGCUGGCUGUUGAAACUCGGAGGUGGCAGGGUGAAGACGUGGAAGCGACGCUGGUUCAUUCUGACGGACAACUGCCUGUACUAUUUCGAGUACACAACGGAUAAGGAGCCCCGGGGGAUCAUCCCUUUGGAGAACCUGAGUAUCCGGGAGGUGGAGGACUCCAAAAAACCAAACUGCUUCGAGCUUUAUAUCCCUGACAACAAAGACCAAGUGAUCAAGGCCUGCAAGACGGAGGCUGACGGGCGCGUGGUGGAGGGGAACCACACGGUGUACCGCAUCUCUGCACCCACGCCCGAGGAGAAGGAGGAGUGGAUCAAGUGCAUUAAAGCGGCCAUCAGCAGGGACCCGUUCUACGAGAUGUUGGCAGCCCGCAAGAAGAAGGUUUCCAUCACCAGAAGACACUGAGCAGCCCCGCCGGUGCACCGAGUCUGCUGGUGCGCCGAGUCUGCUGCUGCGCCGAGUCUGCGGGCGGCCAAGCAGGAGCAGCUCCAUACUAGGCACUGCCCCAAGCCUAGAGACUAGCUUCAGCUUUUGCUAUUUUUUUUAAGUGGGAGAUGGGCAGGCUGUGAUCCCUAGGGGAGAGGGUCCGGAAGCCUCUGGAAGCACGGCGUCUCCAGCCUUUGCUCUAAGAAGGGAGCUCCCGGCAGCCCAGCCUCCCGACGCCUCCCCACUGUGCAGGUCUGAUAGCAAAGCCGGAGCCGACCGUUUACCUCUGGUUACUUCCUGUGAAGAAGCCUUCACCCAGCACCGUGAACGCAUGUUUCCAUGUGUUAUUAUACGCUAAGAAAAAGGUGGGACAGGAGAGAAGCCACAUGCCAUAAAGAUAUAUUUUUGUUUUCAAGAAGAAAAAAGGUAACAUAGAGCUAUUCUGAUGCGUCCUGCCCCAUUGGCGUGGGCAGCUCCUUGGGAGAAGCAGCUGCUGAGGCACACUGGCCCGGCUCAGGGAUGAGCAGGGCCUGCCUCCUGUGCCGCCACCCAGGGGCCACCCAGGCCUAGUCCUGGGUGCUUGCUCUGUGCCCGUGUGAGCUUGAGGGUGGACGGGGUAGAGGGAACAGUGGAUGCAGCGAGGACCUAGGACCUGUCACGGAGUCAGAGCCCAGCGGUGGCCUCAGGGACUCGCAUGGCUGUGUGGUCGCACCAGCCGAGGCAGUCCACUUCAAGUGCGUACAGAGCACUGAGGAGGGAAGAGAAUCGUCUGGACACUGGAAUCAUUUGUCUCUUUCAGAAUUCAAGUUCUUGUUGAGCUUUAAAAUACAAAGUCAGCAUCUUUGCUUGAGCUAAUACCUAGUAACCAAAACUGUGAGGACGCGAUCCCCGCGGAGGUCCUGGGAUGGCCUGACUGUCUCAUGUUUGGUUUUUCUCCCUCUCUUCCUACGACUCCAGUCCUCGUUUUAGAGGAGGAGUGGGUCUUACCAGAUGGCCUGAGGGCUCAGCUUGUCCUGCCUCUAGGCUGGCCCUUGAUCACACCCUGGCCCUGCAUUUUGGGGUGGGCCGGCAGGGGAACUGGGCCUCAGUCUGCUGGGCAGGGCUGCAGGCAGUUUCUUGGAGAGAGGAGAUUAAUAAACAAAUACUUGUUUCUUUCUUUUUUUUUUUUUUAAAGAAACGUGUGUGAGUAGACCAGGCCCCUCCUAACCCCUGGUAUGCGGGGCUGCGGGACUUGAUGCUCUCGCCAUUUGUUCUCUCAGGGACUCUCGGGCGACUCCUGCCGCUCACUCCAGGCCAGCGUGCCACAGGCACAAGCAUGGGCUGACCAGGUCACCUCAGCUGCGGCCUCCGGCCACCCCUGCCCGGAGAGUGCAGAGGGCUCCCCACAAAGGAAGGUGGGCUGGGCAAGCCUCGCUGCAGGCUUCCCAGGCGGCAGGACCCAGAUCCCCUGCCGUUCUUAGGGCCGGUCAGCAUCUCUGGAAAUAGCCUGUGCGGGGAGGAGUGGGGGGCAAUCUGGGGUCCCCCUCUUAGCGUGGGAGUCAAGAGUAGCUAGGCCCUAUCUGGAGGGGCUUCAGGCAUCUUUAUUUGAAGGCCACGGAAGGGGUUCCAGGCUGGAAGCUGAACUUCCUGGGGAGGAGAACCAGGGCGGCACCCGUGACACCACUGUCACUGGAGUCCCUCCGGUUGGCUCCCGCCCUUCGGCCAAGUCCAUUGCACUGGUUCUCACGGAUACCGCCUGGACCGAGAGGCACCUGGAUCAGUAUUAGUCUAUUUAUCAGAGGUGUAAAUAAUCCAUGUAUAGUUUUUCUUCUCCUGGAUUAUUUUGUAUUUGUUUAAAAAGAAAAGUUGUGUCAAAAUAUAAACUAUAAAGACAUGACUGAAAGCUGUCAACAGGGUUUUUAAAAAACUAGAAUUAUUAUUUCAAUUGUUUUCUGUUUUUUUUGCUUUGUAAACUAGCGCCAAGGAACUGCAGCAAAUAAACCCCACAUCUGCCCGGGCCACCCUCCUUGUCUAGUGUGCUUUUUACCCGGGGCGGGCCUGAGAGGGAAGCCACGGUGCUGGCCAGCUGUGUUGUGUGAGCCACUUCUCCUCUUAGUUUCAGCAGUCACACCAGUGAGAAGUGUUGAGAAAGUUCUGUUUUCUAUUAGGGAAGCAAAAUGAUAAAAGAAGAUUAGCUCAGUCUCUUGCCCCACCCACUUUCCUAAAAGAAGAAACAAAUAUUAAGCACCUACUUUAAAGGAGGUGGCACGGUGGUUAAGCACUUGGCUGCUAACUGAAAGGUCAGCGGUCAAACUCACCAGAGGCUUAGCAGGAGAAAGACUUGGGGAUCUGCUCCUGUAAAGAUUGCCACCUAGGAAGUCCUAUGGGGCAGUUCUGCUCUGCCACAUGGGAUCACCAUGAGUCGGAAGAGACUUGACGUCACCUAACAACAACAACUUUAAGAUCAAGAAAUGUGUCUUCCGUCAGUGUGAUAUAUUUUCAACAUUAUUCCAGCUCCCAGAUACGCCAGCAUACUGCCUGGGCAGAUCCAGGAAGGAGAGACAGUGGGCUGUAACUCAAGCUGGGAAAGACACAGCAUAGUGCCAGAGAAUGGAAGGAGACAGGCAAGCCCUGGCCUGGCCCUGCAUCAGCUGGUAGCCCUUCCCCAGUGCCUCAGAAGUUGUCUCUCUGCUGACAGCAGCAAUUUCAAAUCUUUGGCUUCAAGCCCCCAGCAUGUGAGAAGAUGCUCAACGUCAUUAGUCAUUAGGGAAAUGCAAAUCAAAAGCACAAUGAGAUACCACUUCACUCCCACUAAGAUGGCUGCAGUAAAGACAGACAAUAAUAAGUGUUGGCAAAAUUGGAAUCCUCAGGCAUUGCUGGUUUGGUGCAGCCACUGUGGAAAAGAGUCUGGCAAUUCCUCAAAAAGUUCAACAUAGAGUUGCCAUAUGACCCAUCAAUUCUCCUACACCCAAGAGAAUUGAAAAUAUAUGUCCAUACAAAACUCGGACGUGUUUAUUGUAACAUUAUUCAUAACCAAGAAGUAGAUACAAGGUUUUUGGGGGGAGUGAUCAAAACAUUCUGGAGUUGCUUAGUGGUGAUGGUUGCACAACUUGGUGAAUAUACUAAAAACCCCACUUAAUUACACACUAAAUGGAUGGAUUUUAUGGGGCGUGAAUUAUGUAUCUCCGUUAAGAAACAACCAGGAAAUGUCAUCACGUGCAGUGGUUAUCAGCGUGUGGUCCCCCAUCAGUAGGCAGCACUUGUAUUAGAAACGUGAGUUCUCAGGCUCCGCCCUAGCCCGCUGGACCAGGCUGUUUUGUGCUGGAGCCCACCAGGGUUCACCAAGCCCUCCAGGCGGUUCCAACACAGGCCAGUUUGAGCACCACCGUCCCAUUUCUUUCUCUUCAUUGCUAAGACUUUGUUUGUAUAACAGCUGAGGUGUAAUUCCCACACGAUAAAAUACACCCAUUUAAAGUGUGCGAUUCUACGGUUUUUAGUAUAUUCACAGAGCUGUGCAACCUUUCACAAUUUCAGAACAUUUUGUCACCCCCAAAAGAAACGCGUGCCUGUCUGCUUUCACUUCCCAUCUCCCCCCAACCCCUACCCUGGCUCCUCCCCAGCCCUAGGCAACUACUAACCUGUCUGUGGGUUUGCCUGUCCUGAAAUUUCACAUAAAUGUAAUCGUACAGUAUAUGACCUUUUGUGUCUCACUUAAAGGAACCCUGGUGAUCCAGGGGUUAAAGCACUUGUCUGCUAACUGAAAGGUAGACGGUUCGAACCCACCAACCGCUCCACGGGAGAAAGAUGUGGCAGCCUGCCUCCAUAAAGAUCACAGCCUUGGAAACCCUUUGGGGUAGUUCUACUCUGUCAUAUAGGGUCGCUAUGAGGCGGAAUUGACUCAGUGGUGGCAGGGUGGUGUCUGACUUAGCCAGUUCCGUAUUUUUGAGGCUGACCCGUGUAGUAGCUUGGAUCAGGACCCAUUUCUUUUUGGGGCUGAAUAAUAUUCCAUUGUGUGGAUAUGCCACAUUUUGUUUACGCAUCCAUCAGCUGAUGGACGUUUGGGUGAUUUCCCCUUUUGGCUGCUGUGAGUUGUGCCGCCGUGAGCCCUGGUGUCCAGGUUUCUGUGUGCCGUGCGAGCCUUUCUGUCUGGUCUUCCUUACUGCCCGCAUCCUCACGUGCCAUUCACUUCCCAGCCAGAGAGUACCUGCCUCAUCGCACCUCGCGGCCUCGGGAAGCUCGUCUGUGCUGGCUCUCCCGCCUCCCCCCAGCUUACUCUACCAGGCUCUCACUGGCCUCUCCCUCUGCCCACCCAACACCCUGACACUCCCAGGGGUCUAACCCCAACUCUAGGCUUUAAGCACUUUCUGGACGGAUAACCAGUCCCGUGGCUUCAAUUUCUCCCACCUGCGCAGACCCUACCGUCCCGGGAUGUUCCAUCUCCAUCUCUGCCUGCCUGUGGGGCCUGUCCACCCGGGGUCCACCGGGCCUGCACAUUCAGCCCGUCUGCACCUGAACCUCUUCCCUGAUCCCUGAGCGUGUCCCCCCUUCCUCGGGGAACGUGGGCUUAAUUCGGAGUUGUUUCUCAUUUGCCCCCCGGCCCCCAAGGCCUGUUGUUGCUGCCUCCAGAGCCUUCUGCUCCUCACCAGGUCUGCCUUCACCUCCGCCUCGGGCCUGGUCCACCGGCGCAGGCUCCCCUGCUGGUCUGCAGACCCCCGGCUUUGCCCUCUUCCACUUGGCUGUCCGUCCUGCUGCUUGG